AGUUUCAGUAUCGAAAUUUUUUUAUCAUGGCUUAACAAUCCACUUUUCCCCUUGAUCAUGAAAUUUAAAAGCUCCAAAAUUUCCUAUUUCAAGAGCUUUGGAGCUAAGAGAAAUGCCAAUAUAUGGGAAAUGAUAAUAGGCCAGCUAUAAACCAUGACACAUGAUGUGAUUUUCAUUCGAAAACCAUUCGCAUAAAUUACUAUCCGUUCUUCAACAAAAACCAGACAUCGUUCAUGCCAUCCCUCAUCGACCGCCCCCUCUUUCUCUCUCUAAAAAUACCACCACCACCACCACCCUUCACACCAUCAUCACACAUUUUCCACUUCAUCCCAUCCAUUACAUGGUCCAUCUUUCUCUCUCUAAAACCAGUGCAACCAUUCCUCACUUCCAAGUCAAAACUUGGGCCCCCUUCUCUCAUAAGCUUUCUCUCCCUGAAAACUGCAAACCCACUCUUCACACUGAAAUCAAUUCUUGGGUCCCGAAUUCUCACAAGCUUUCUCUCUGUAAAACCAGCACAACCAAGACUCACACAAAAAUCAAAUGUUGGGUGUCGAAACCUCAGAGGCUUCAGCAGCCUAAGCACUGCAACUCUUCCAUUUGCGGCUCCUAGUGACUCAGAAUCCUUCAAUUUCAUGGCCGUGAAGCUCCUCAAAGAGUGCUCGGCAACUCGAGCCGUGGACCAUGGUAAGAAGAUCCACGCAUGCUCUAUCAUCAAUGGCUUGAUUUCAAAUGUUUUUAUAGGAACCUCUCUCAUAUCGCUUUAUGUGAAAUGCAAUGACAUGCCUGCCGCUGUCCAGGUGUUCGAUCGAAUGCCUCACAAAAAUGUGGUUACAUGGACAACCAUGAUUUGUGGUUCUGUGCAAAAUCAGGAGUAUCGAAAAGCGUGGGAUUUUUUUAAUUCCAUGGUAGACUCGGGUGUGCAAGGCAAUGAUUUUACUUUUGCAGGGCUCUUGAGCUCCAUUUGUGGCUUCUCUCAUGGUCGCCUAAAAGGGGGGAUGAUGCUCCAUGCUGUUAUUACAGGGCUCGGUUUGGGAUGCUUUGUUGUGGUGGGAAAUGCGCUUUUAACAAUGUAUAGCAAAUGUGGGGCUCUGGAAGAUUCUUGUAGAGUGUUUGAAGAGAUGACUGAGAGAGAUGUGGUGUCUUGGAGUGCCAUGGUCGCAGCUUAUGGGCAGCACGGCAUUGGAGAAAAGACCAUUGAAUUGCUCAUGGAAAUGCAGCAUGAUGGGGUUAGGCCUAACAUGCAUACAUUGGCCAGUAUUCUUGGGUCCUUAGGAGAGUUGGGUAGCUCUAAAGUGGCAUUACAACUUCAUUCUCUUUGUCAUAAGAGUGGGUUGGCUUCUCACUCUACAGUGAGCAAUGCACUCUUUACUGCAUACUCGAAAUGUGGAGAUUUAGACCUUGCUAGAGAUGUUUUCAAUGGCAUGGAUGAAAGAGAUGUUAUAUCAUGGACUGCAAUUAUUGCUGCAUAUGGGCAGUUUGGGGAUGGCCAUGAGGCCAUGGGACUGUAUAAAGCCAUGCGCAAUGCAUGCGUGCAUCCAAAUGAUCACACUUUCAUAAGCGUGCUCGAUGCGUGCACCACUAUGAAUGAUCUCUCCAUGGGCAAACAGCUCCAUGGAAAUCUUACAAAACAUGGCUUGGACAUGAAUGUAUCAGUCUCCAACACCAUGAUCACCUUGUAUGCAAAAUGUGGAUGCAUAGAAGAUGCACGUCAGGUUUUCAAAUGCAUGGUUGAGCGAAACAUAUCAUCAUGGAAUGCCAUCAUAGUUGGGCUUGCACAGCAUGGGCAAGGAAGGGAAGGGCUGAGGCUUUUCGAUGCCUUGUUGCAUAACGGGUACACUCCUGAUGAUAUAACCUUUAUCGGGGUCCUCUCAUCAUGCACCCAUUUAGGUAUGGUACAAGAGGGGCUAAGCCAUUUCAACUCCAUGACUCGAGAUUACUCCAUAACUCCAAGGAUGGAUCACUGUGGAUGUAUUGUGGACCUUCUGGGUCGAGCAGGCCUCCUCAAUGAAGCAAAGGAAUUCAUCGAUAAUAUGCCUCUAGAGCCUGAUCCAGUUAUUUGGGCCACUUUACUUGGUGCUUGCAAGACCCAUAAAAACAUCAAAUUAGGCAAGAUAGUGGCCAAUAAGCUUCUCAAAUUAGAACCCGACAGUGCACCCACCCACGUCAUGAUGUCAAAUAUGUAUGCAUCUGCAAAUAUGUGGGAAGAUGUGGCUCAAGUUAGGAAGAUGAUGAAAGAUAAAGGUUUGAAGAAAGUGUUGGGGUGUAGUUGGGUGACUGUAAAUAAUGCUUCCUAUUUAUUUACAGUGGGUGAACUUAACAACCCACAAACAAGUGAGAUUUUUGCAAUGUGGGACAGGUUAGUGGUGGAGUUAAAAAAAGCAGGCUACGUACCUGACAUAGAAUCAGAGCUUCAUGAUGUCCAAGUGCAAGAGAAGGCAAACAUGCUUGGGCAUCAUAGCGAGAAAUUGGCCAUCACAUUUGGGCUUCUCAACACACCUCCAGGGGCCUGCAUCAGAGUCACGAAAAACCUUCGAGUUUGUGGUGAUUGUCACACUGCUACUAGGUACAUUUCAAAGGUGACUGGUCGUGAGAUCAUAAUGAGGGAUGCUACGAGAUUCCAUCACUUUAAGGAUGGAACCUGUUCUUGUCAGGACUACUGGUAAUUAAAAACUGAUUGAUGCAGUUGAAUUAAAACUGAUCAAUCCAUGGCCUCUUCUUCAAAUAAUGGAUUCUUGAGCUAUAUUGAUACUGACUUCUCGGAGGUCUUGAAAUAUGUCAUGAUUGCUUGAGCUUGAGCUAUAUUGAUACUGACUUCUCGAAGGCCUUGAAAUAUGUCAUGAUUGCUUCAGAAUGGCUCUAUUGUUGGGCCUUGCAGGUGAUUGCCAUACGCUGUUACCUUUGCUGCUGCUUAAGCAUGGAUCCAUUGCUUAUUCAUCCUUGAUGCAUCAGUAAGGCUCGGUUACAGACGGCAUGGCUUGAGGUGGCACUAUUCCAUUACCAUGCGUAGUAUUCCAGCCACACCUGCUUUAAGUUUUUGGAGCCAUGGAAAAAGAAAAAAGGCAUUGGUGGGUUUUCAGUGGUUACUGUUAAAUGGUGAAAGCACUGGUUUCGGGUCCAUGGAAGAUAAGCCACCAAUGGUGAAAGCACUGGUGUGGGUUGCAUAGAAGAUAAAACAUGUCAUCAUGUGCUUCCUGUCACCCUUGACUGCAGCUUAAUAUAUACUUUUAACCUUGUUAUCUUUGGCUACAGCAUGGCGCUAUGCAAAUAAAGAUGUUCGCUGGUGGAUGAUGGCAUGGAAGCAAUCUAUAGUCCCUGAAUUUUUGGUUUUCAGUUGGUCCUGAAUACUGAUACCACAAAGGCAGAAGGGAGUUUCAUAAUUCCAUGGAGGCCAUUAUGAUUUCAUGAGGAAGAUUACACAGUGAUAAGACCUAGAAGAGAUCCAUGGAUGGCAAUUUCAUGGAGGUCACCAUAAUUCCAUAUCGAGCAAGGGACCAUUUGACCUCGAAACUUUCAUGGUUGGCUCUAUUUGAAGCAGAAUUCUUUAGGCCGAGUCUCUUCGCUGUAACUUCAGUCCUUGGUAGAGGGGAGCAACUUACUGAAUAUUAUCAGCUCAGUGAAAUAAGACAUAGUGAUGCCAUGUAGAUUCUGAGGCAUUACUAGAGGAAAUUCUUGAGAUAUGCAACUCAUUGGUCAACAUUCUCAGAAAGGUUAGGGUUUCAAGCCCCCUGACUGAGUAAACAAAACCUAAAACAACCCUGCCCUAGGAACUCCAUAUUUCGCAGCCGACACCACUCUUUGACUCAAGGGGAUUUAAUAUAGGAAAAAGUUUAUAUAAGGAUAAGGCCAUAAACAAUCAAAUUAAGACACCUCAAAAAUUCACUACAAGAGGUUUUGUUCUGAUGACCAAAAAUCCUCAAGUCAAUCAUCUUGACCUCAAGAUGUAUGAAUGUGAGAAAAACUUGAAAUGAAAUGUUCCAUCUGAGGCCAUCCAGAAUCACAAGGCCAUCUCUGUGGAGGCCGCCUGAGUUAGGGCAUUCCAAAUUGAAUCUUAACGGCAGUUCUCUCAGCAAUCCAGGCCCUGCAGUCAUAGGAGGACUUCUCACGGACUCGUUAGACGAAACUCUUUUCUCCUAUUCGUCCCCAAUCAGCAUCGCUGACUCCACCACAGCUGAAUCACGUGCUUUUCCCGAGGGCCGCAAGCCGAACUUUGAUUGGGGGCCAAAUUUGGUUAUCGAAGGUGACUCAAGGAAUGUUAUCUCAUUGGCGACAAAACUCUUCAACAUGACCAUGGAGGCUUCUCCUUAUAAAUCUGAAUGUUUCUUGGAAACACACGUGGCGCGAAGCUAACUCCGAAGCUGACCUAGCAAGAACAAGAGCAUCUCUAAAGUUAUGAAUGAUCUCCCCAGCCAGGCGCUUCUCCUUUUCUGCAGUAUUUUGGAUGCAGUCCAACCUUUGUAAUUGUUUUGUGUAUACGAAUGGCCUUCAUUGUCACCAACCCAUAUUUUUGCUUGGUGGGCUACCCUGAAUUGAUGUGUAGUGCACCCCUUUUGGGGUGACUUUUUUGUACCCCUUUAAACUCAAUACUAAUCACUUUUUAA